CUGGCAGACGGACUGACAGACCCGCCGGGGAACAUGUCUCUUUCCUGCGCCUCAUCACCGUCGAUUCCGAUCUGAAAUUGUGCAUCACAGAUGUACCCAAACUGUAGCUCAGGAGUCAGCUCUUCUCCAUCGUUAGAGUUUCUCCACGAUGCACCUGUGAACUGAGGGCGGAAAGAUGCCACGCACCAAGCAGAACAACCCGAAGAAUUUAAAAGAUAAAAUCGAAGAGGCACAGAAAGAGCUCAAAGACCCCAAAGGCUCACAGAAAGGGAUAUCUGAAAGCAGCCGGAGAAAUGCCGAUGACAUAAAAGGCCUGAAGAGGAAAAAGGUUGUUGCAGAGAAUCGGCUGGAGAAAAUUCCCAAGUCUCCAGUGAAGAAGCCCCUGCAGUUGAAAACAUCUGAAUCUGCGCUCCACGGAGCAUCGGCCACGGAAACUGCACCUUCUUCUUGCUGCUCCUCCGCCAACAGUCCCUCCCACAAUCCUUCAGCUUCGCCCAGUGGGAAAAGAGACCCGCAGUAUGCCCAACUGGUUGCAGCAUCCCCUCACAAGGGGUCACCUUCCACCGACGUUGAAAGGCUGAAGCAGGAAGAAACGUCCUCUAGGCUGCCAACGCUUGAGCCCACUGAUGGUGAGGAGGGCUCGUUGAUUAAAGUGUCUCCACCCAAAGACAACGAGAGCAGAGACCCCAGCUACGAGGGAGAUCCUUUCCACAGCAGUGCGCCGCUUGAUGUUCUACUCAAGGCCAUGGAGCCUGACUUUAGUACGCUGGCUGAGAGGAAAAACUUGCAGGUCACAGCCAUCGGAAAACCAGCUUCCACCUUUAAUGCUCAAUCUAGUGGUGAAUUAACAACAAUGCCAGCUGUCAAUGUUGGUCUCCAGAACCAACCUUCACAUAUGCAGACUUAUUAUAUUGACAAGCAAGGCAACUUUAUUGGCAUUGCAGCACCACUAACAGGAAACGUGCAGACGUCUUCACAGGGUACGCCCAUGCAGUCCUCCCCGCUCCCUACACCACAUUUUAUGCCCGUUGUUUCAAAUACAGAAAAGACCAGCUUGCACAUGAGCUUCAACACUGGACCAUCCGCUAUAACCCACGCACCUGUUCCCUCAGGCUCCAACGCUUUGCCGCAAAGCCAACCACCAGUCGUGCACACAUGCCAAUCCCUCUCCGCAAGUGUUCCCAGCACCAUUCAGGUCCCAGGCACACCUGGCAGCAACCAAGUUCAAAUGACCACUGUAAUGAACUUUGGUGCUGAUCAGGUUUCCAAGGACCAAAAGCCUAAAAAGCCUGGAAAGUAUGUUUGUGAAUACUGCAGCCGGGCGUGCGCAAAACCCAGCGUGCUGCUCAAACACAUCAGGUCUCACACAGGAGAGAGGCCGUACCCCUGUGUCACCUGCGGCUUCUCUUUCAAAACCAAGAGCAACUUGUACAAGCACAAGAAAUCACACGCUCACGCUAUUAAACUGGGUCUUAUUGCACGCUCUGAAUCCGGAGGUGGGUCGCUCUCUCAAGAAUCCGACAAAGCCGCAGGGACGCAUUCAGAGGCGGAGGAGAGCGGGGACAGUGAUGAGGAUGGUAGCACUGCGGAUUUGGACCCAGAGUCAUCACAGAGCAGUGUGGCAGCUUUGUCUGAAAACAGUUUACAGAGUGCAGGUACAACCCAAGCAAGUCAAGGGGAAGUGGACCCUUCAGCUGUGUUUGAGUCACUGAAACCAGCCUCAGGACAGAGGGGGCAUGAGCCCAAAGUAACAGCCGCACUUCCAAAGGUUGUUGUAUACCCAGUUAAUGUCUCCCCUCUGAGGGCAGAUAGUCCGAGAGUCACAUGUGCGGCACCUGAGCAAGCGGCUGCACAACGGCAACGCGAGUUCCAGACUGCCAACAUGAGAUCGAGUCUCACAGUCCUGUCAUCUCUAAAGGAGGUGGAUGGUACAAAUCCCUCGCUAGAUACUGUCAGCGAAGAUGAAGACCAUCAGUGCAAGUCUCCGCUCUUGGGUGGACACGCUCAGCUUCAGAGGCAACAAGCAACAGACUUUUCUCAACAGCAGCAGGUCAAGUGUCUACUGAGUCCUCGCAGUUUGGGAAGUACAGAUUCCGGCUACUUCUCUCGCUCCGAGAGUGCUGAUCAGGCCAUGAGUCCACCCAGCCCAUUCGUUAAGAUAACUCCACCGGUGGACAUUGACAUCGCCAAGAACAGCCUUCCCAAUGUCCCUCCUGUGGUUGCCACAGUAAUGCAUGUAGCAGCUGAGCAAAAGCCCCGAGUUGCAGAUGGACAGAUGCGUCCACCGUUAGAAGCCAAAGCACUCUCACUGGAAGAGCGGAUCUCAAAGUUGAUAUCUGACAACGAGGCAGUAGUUGACAAUAAGCAGCUGGACAGUGUGAAGCCAAGGAGGACGUCUCUCUCGAGGAGAGGUAGCAUAGACUCCCCUAAAUCGUACAUAUUUAAAGACUCUUUUCAGUUUGAUCUAAAACCGAUGGGAAGAAGGUCAAGUUCCAGCUCGGACAUCCCCAAGUCCCCGUUCACUCCUACAGACAAAACAAAGCCAGUAUUUCUUCUCUCUGUACCUUCUCAGUACCCGCCAAUGGAUUGUUUGCCAAUAACAAGAAGUAACUCAAUGCCUACUACACCAGGACACUCUGCUCUUCCCCUUAAUGUUGCCCCCCUCCCACAUCCUCUCAGAAUCUGUCAGUCAUUUGACGAUAAAAUUAGUUCGUUCAAUGAUGAUGUCUUUUCGUCAGCCCCGUCGACCCCAAAUCCAGCAAUACAUUCUCGUAUGUUAGUCAGACAAGCAGCAGUGGAGGACUUUACCACAAGUGAGGGGCAUGGCCUCCCUACAGUUCGAUCCAUGGAUGAGGGCUAUCACGGUCCGAGCAGUUCCACAGAGCUGAUGCAAAGAAGCAGAUCUUUCGAGCAUAGUCAGGACAGAAACAGGAAGCCUCAGCAGAACAAAGGCACAAUGUACGAGUGUGAAACGUGUCGCAAUCGGUACAGAAAGUUAGAGAAUUUUGAAACUCACAAGAAGUUCUAUUGCUCCGAGCUUCAUGGUCCAAAAAACAAGCCAAUCACAGUCAAGGAAGCUGAUCAAGAUGUUUUUCACGUUAACAUAAUGCAGCCCGGAGCCCCCAGAUCGACAAGUGGCUCAGGAAUACUUGAUCAGCAGACAUCAAUUAGAAAGAGAAGGAAAAUGAAAAGUGUCGGAGAUGAAGAUGAUCAGUCUCCCACUGACACCAUUCCACCUUGCUCUGUUAGUUUUGAGCUACCAACAGCGCUGGCCAAUCGGACUUUUACUCAGCAUGCUGUAAUAGUAGACAUUCAGCCCAAAAACAACCAGACAAAGCUACCUCAGAUUCAGCUCGUAGCAAGAGGUAUUAACACUUCAGACUCCAGAUUGUCACCAAUUCGAGAGACUCAGAUCAGCGCCUCUCCUAAAGGGGACUUGCAAAGGCAAGGCAGUGGUACUUCAGUUAUUAGACACACCAAUUCUCUCAGCAGACCCAAUUCGUUUGACACAGAAUCUCUUGACAGGGCCUCUCCUGUUGAUAUUUUGGAGAAAGAUCCCCUCAACAAGCUCAAAACAGAUGCAAUAGCAAAUGUCUCAGCAGACAGCUUCCAUGAAAAAAUGUCCAAACCCAAGAGUGCUGACUUUGGAAAACAACGGAAGGAACAAUGCACUGAUGGUGCAGGAGCAGCAGUCGGUGAAAACUCAACUCCUGUUCAUCAGUCUCGACUAGUUCGUCAAAAUAACAUCCAAGUUCCUGAGAUUCUGGUCACGGAGGAGCCCGACAGAGAACAUGAAACACAGACAACCGAGCAACCAGAUAAACCAGCAGAUCAGUUCAGCUGGCCUCAGAGAAGUGAGAGUUUGUCCAAGUUACCGGCAGAGAAACUUCCACCAAAAAAGAAAAGAAUCCGUCUUGCUCAAAUGGACCACUCCUCGGGCGAAUCCAGUUUUGAGUCCAGCCUCUCACGAAGCCUCAGCAGGGACAGUAGUCUCUCUCGUUGUUCCAGCAUCUCAGCGUCUUUCGACAGAGAUGAGCCAUCUAGGUCAGAGAGUCCUUCAAGAGGGGAGUGCGUCAGCAAAAUCCCGGAGCCUCAAGGUUUGCCAACGGCCUUCAACACCCUCGGUGUGCCUGGAAUGAUGAGACGUGCUGCAUCUGAACAGAUCACCUGUACUCAACCCUCUGUGGAGAUUUCAUGUGACUACCGUAGCAAGUCCUUUGACUGUGGCAACGUAUCUCCCUGCAGAUCUCUGUCUCCUGUUGGCCAGCCAAAGACUGGACAAGCCGCCCAAGUUGCCCAGGUGCCACUUAUUGAAAGAAGGCGGGGUCCAUUAGUCCGCCAAAUGUCUUUAAAGAUUGGCCCCGAGAGUCAGCAGCCUGUCCGUAAGGCUGUUUUACCUCUAGAUAAACCUCCCAUCACAAAUGUUAGCUCCUUAACUCAGAAUAGAUCCCAGCAAAUUCACAUUGCCAAUCGGCGCACCGUGGCUCAGCCUUUUAUCCUACAUACUGGAGAAGCACCCUUGCAAAAGAACGAGCAAAUGGUGCAAAGCAUUAAUUUGGGGAGCCCAACUCAGCAGCCUCAAAUCCAAGGCCUUCCACACCCUUGGCACCAAACAUCAAGGGUUCAAAUAUGCCAAAAGAUUCAACAACCGCUGAGCCAGAUCUUAGUGUGUCGCGAGAACGUCCAAAACAAAUCAGUCGACUCUGAAGAAAAGAAAUGUUUUGUGCCCAAAUACCAACUGCAGUGUCCUGCUCUAAGAGCAAGCCAAACGUUUUCAUUCUCCAGCACACAGGGAACUCAGAUAGCCUUGCCAGUUUUAACCAUACCCAUUGCCAAUCCAAUUUUGAGUGUUUCGAAAUCAUCAGAUGUACUCCAAAAUGUAUACAUUGGUCAAACCAAUCAACAAGCCUCUGAGAUUAAGACACGGGCGGUUGUUUUGUCAGGUGAGCAGCAAAGGGACGCGUUUGAUCAGACCCAAGCAGGUGCCACACCGCUGCCACAGAUCCUCAUAACUCAUGAGCAGAUGCACCCUGCUCCCUGUGUGUCCAACAAGAACAGCUUCUCAUCCACUCACAGUGUGGAGAGUGACACUCAUACUGUACCAGCUCCAAAGAAGGACAGGACUCCAUCUCCAACAGUCAGCACCCAUAACCACACUGGAGAACGAGCACCUUCUCUCGGGUCGUUACACUGCACUCAGAAACUGGCGUCAGUGACUCUCUGCCCGCAGCAGGAACCCACCGCCUCCAGUAAACGCAUGCUGUCACCUGCCAACAGUCUGGACAUCUACAUGGAAAAGCACCAAAAACGGGCAAAGGAUGAGCAUGGUGUGGCCUGUCUAACUGACGGCAGGUCAGUCAAUUAUCUUAACUCUAAGAUGUCAGAGGUUACCCGACAGAGAAAGCUAACCCUUGUUAGGCAGGUUUGCACAACUGAACCGGCGGACAGUCCCAUCGAAACUGAGGCCCCGCCUCUGCCGCAGGUUAAAAACAAUGGCGAGAAGGACUCUCAGGCGACUGAUGAUGUUAAGCCAAUGUCACCUGAUAGUUCUGGGCUGAGUAAAGACACAAGCACUGUAAUACACGAGGAGGCUGGCCCUGCACUGAGUACUACACCUGGCAGCCAGGGCACCUCCAUGCCAGCUAACAGCAAUCUGAAGCUCCAAGAGAAAGCUGAGGAGCAGAGAUGGACUCCCGCCAAAUCUCCCGUUCGACCCUCCAGUUUUCACGGCGGUCAGGUGAAACUGACCACAUCUGUGUCUGUGGUUAACACCAAGGACAGUCAUCGCCUGUCUUUCCCCAGCCUGAAGACUGCCACCACCUUCACAUGGUGUUUCCUGAUGAAGAGGAAACCUCUUCAUGUCCCACAGACUGACCUGAAGACUUCAGCAUACGGCAUCUGGACAGUCAGCCCCAACAACCAUAACCCUCUUGGGUUACCGACCAAGGUGGUCAUGUCCCUGUUUGACUCCAAGCAGAGCUCCAAGAAGAUACACUACACCUCUGCCAUAAGGACCAGCGGGAAGUCUGACAUCUUGUCUUACUCGGGCAAGCUGAAAGACGUCAUGCCCAGGGUGCCAAUAACCCAGAAGUCAAUAUCAGUUGAAACUAGAAGUAAGGUGCUACCAGAAACUCAGGCCAGCAGCGAGUCGGACAAAGACGUGGCAGCCAAAACAGAGCCAAGACGAGUCAAAAUAUUCGAUGGCGGAUACAAAUCCAAUGAAGAGUAUGUUUAUGUACGUGGGCGUGGACGCGGUAAAUACAUCUGUGAGGAAUGUGGGAUCCGCUGCAAGAAGCCAAGCAUGCUACGCAAACACAUCCGCACCCACUCGGACGUCCGGCCUUACCACUGUGUCCACUGCAACUUCUCCUUCAAGACAAAAGGAAAUCUGACCAAGCACAUGAAAUCCAAGGCCCACAGUAAGAAGUGCAUGGAGAUGGGGGUUCCUGAGGGUCUCAUUGAGGAUCAGGAUGCAGAGGAUUCAGGAGACCGGAGUCAGGUGAGCAGUGCUGACCGCCAAGAUUCAGAUGGCGACGACUCUGAUGGCCCCGACGAUGAGGAGAAUGAUGACAACGAGGAGGAAGAGGAGGACAGCCAGGCGGAGUCUGGCCUGUCCACCAACCCCUCUGUCUCCGCCAGCCCACAGCACAUCCCCACCAAGGAGGCCGAAAUCCCUCCUAGCGCCCUCCUAGCCCAGAUGUCAAUCAGCUCAGUGUCCCUCCCUCUCUCCCAGCCUCCGGCUCCCCACACAUCAGAGUCAGACUCUGUCCCCAUGAUGAGCCCCGUGUCCCUGAGCAAGCAGAUAUCCAUCUCUGGGUCCUGCUGUAGCUCGGUGCCUCUCCCUUACUCUCCUCCGCCCGUGCCCGCCACAUCAGACUCCUACACCUCAGACACAGAGUCAGUGCACAUGAUGAGCCCAGUGUCGCCGUGCAGGCAGAUGUCCAUCGACUACCCCGACUUUGAUGUGCCCCCUAGUCCCCCAGUGUCAAGCAAGGGCUCCAAGCUAGGCCAGGACACCUUGUCUGCACCUCCUGCAGUGGUAUCCGGCGAAUCGGGCAUACCAGUGGACCGCAGCACUCAGACUUCCUCUUACGCCUCUCAAGGUCUCAUGCACUUUCCCCCACAAGGUCUUUCCCAAACACCGGGAGCAGAGCCCCAGACCCACCUGUUCAGUCACCUGCCCCUGCACUCCCAGCAGCCCUCCCGGUCCUCUUACAGCAUGGUCCCAGUUGGGGGGAUCCAGCUGGUGCCCGCCGGCCUGGCAGCUUACUCCACCUUUGUACCGAUCCAGGCUGGCCCCGUCCAGCUCACCAUCCCAGCAGUCAGUGUCAUUCACAGAAACACGAGCCCUUUACCAGCUCCCAAUACUCCACCCCACCCAGAGGGGUUGCAGACCCAGCCGCUUGUGGUCCAAGAGCCCAUCAGUAGUGUUGUUCCCUGCUUCCCUUUAGGCCAGGUCGCUGGCCUGCAGGCUCAAACUAUACAGCCAGUCGGGCUUGAGACGCUUAACCUCAUGGGGCUGGCCAACACGGGCCUGGCAUCCACCCAGCUGCUGCCUCAGCAAGGGCUCACCCUCAAUGCCACCCUCGGGCUGCAGGUUUUAGCUGCCAACCCCACCUCCCAAAGCAGCACCGGCCCCCAGACACACGUCCCCGGUCUGCAGAUAGUUAACAUCGCCCUGCCUGCCAUCAUUCCUUCCCUCAGCCCUCUCUCCAGCCUCAGUCCGCUUCCUGGGUUCUCAGAGAGGCAGGGCAGCCCUGAAGCUCCGGGAGCACAGCCGUCUCAAAGUGAACAUGCGCUUCCGUGUUCACGGAGCGGUAUGCUGUCUUCUUCCCCGCCCGCCCCUUUUAAGGUCAGCAGCUGUCCCGAAGUGACCGCAGGGAGCAGGGCAAGCCCCGCAGGUAGCAGCAGACCAGAGCUCGCACAGACUGAGAGGCAAGAAAGGGAUAAAUCCCCACAGCAGCAUCAAUCACCAGCUCCUGAGAGCCGGGCAGACGGUGCGAAGGAGUCACUGGUGGAGGGCGCGUGUGAUCCUGCACCCCCACAACCACCACCGCUGACCAGCUGGCAGAAGGUACUUGAUGACUAUAAUGAGGUAUCUAGUGAUGAUGAAGACAGACUGGUCAUUGCCACCUGAAAAACCCUCGUAGAAAGCUCUUCUUGUUUUUGUAAUUCUUGUCACUUUGUAAGACUGAAAACACUUUUCAGGGGUUUGUUUCGUUGCAAAUCACCUUUCAAAGCACAGAUGCUGACAUUCAUAUUGUAUGUGCAAUCAUAUGAUAAUUAUAAUAAUGACCAAUCAUUUUAUUUUUACUUUUUUUUUGUCAGCUCCAGAAUUUUUUUUUUUGUACAUGUUGUAUAGACAAUUGUGCCUUUAUGGAGUUUCUUGUUUAGGAACCUGUACAUAAUUCCUUAUAAAUUCAGUAGUUGCUAGUGUUAAUUUCAAAAAAUAGAAGUAAAGAGAGGCAUAAAAAUGGAGGAUAUCAAUUUUAUUCUGGAGGAUUUGUCAUUCGUAAAUUUAUGGAAUUAUAAAUGUUGUACUGGUAAAUGUACAUUUCUAUGGAAUAUGGGGCAAUGUUUCUGUGUACAGAUGUUGUGUUCAACUAUUUAUUAUAAUCCAUCUAGUGCCCAUUAUGAUUCAUAACUCCAUAGGUAUGUGCAUUAUGGUAGCUUUACAUUGCUGUAUCAUUAUUCUUAACUGUAUCAGUAAAAACUUGUUUACGAACAUCAAA